UUGUCAGGUGUGUGACACAACAGGCAGGAAGCCAUUAGGAAGGAUGGACUGAGCACCAGGUGUACACAGCAGCUCUGGGAUCUAGUACUGGAGGAGCCCUCCUAAAACUGCAGGAGACCACACCAGGGAGGGAGCCCAGGAGCUGGUAUCCACAGACAUCAUGGAUACAGAUUACGAUACAACAUUUGAUGAGGAGUCGCAGAUGCCAAAUGACGAUGAAGUUCCAUAUAGUGAUGAUGAGACGGAUGAUGAACUGGAAGGUCCUGACUCUCCUGAACCGGAGCAAAACAGGAUCAACAAACAAGCGGAACUCAGUCGAGAGCAGGCCCCAAAAGAAUGUAACUGGCAAGUAAAAGCCAAUGACCGCAAUUUUUACGAUCAACCGGAAUUCCAGAAGAAGUCCUACCUCUGUUUUAAGAAGAGCAAAUAUGCGGGAAACACCAUAAAGACCUACAAGUAUAACCCACUCACCUUCUUGCCCAUGAACCUGUUUGAACAAUUCAAGAGAGCGGCCAAUGCCUACUUCCUGGUCCUCCUCAUCCUCCAGUCAAUUCCCCAAAUUUCCACAGUCUCCUGGUCGACGACUCUGAUCCCUCUAUUGCUUGUACUGGGAAUCACUGCCAUUAAAGAUCUGGUGGAUGACAUUGCGCGGCAUAAAAUGGAUAAUGAAAUAAACAACCGGCCGAGUGAAGUUAUAGAAGACGGAGGGUUUAAGAAAACAAAAUGGAAAAACAUCCGAGUUGGGGACAUCAUUCGAAUUAAUAAGAAUGAGUUUAUUCCGGCGGAUGUUCUACUUCUGUCCAGCUCAGAUCCUAACAGUCUGUGCUAUGUAGAAACAGCAGAGCUUGAUGGAGAAACAAACUUGAAGUUUAAAAUGUCGCUGGAGGUGACGGACAAGUUGCUGCAGGAUGAGUGCGCGCUGGCUGACUUUGAUGGGUUAGUUGUAUGUGAGGAGCCCAACAAUCGCCUGGACAAGUUUGUUGGGACACUUUUCUGGAGAGGAGUGAGUUACCCUCUGGAUGUAGAUAAAAUCCUCCUCAGGGGUUGUACCAUCCGCAACACAAUGUACUGCCAUGGCCUCGUACUUUUUGCAGGUGCCGACACAAAAAUUAUGAGGAAUAGUGGGAAAACCAGAUUAAAAAGAACCAAAAUUGAUUAUCUGAUGAAUUACAUGGUGUACACAAUAUUUGUUCUCCUGAUCCUUGCAUCGACCGGUCUUGCCAUUGGACAAACAUUCUGGGAUGCCAAACUAGGCCAAUCCAACGUGUCGUGGUAUCUUUAUGAUGGUACUACUUAUACCCCAUCUUACCGAGGCUUCCUUGUCUUUUGGGGUUACAUCAUUGUUCUGAAUACCAUGGUACCCAUCUCUCUGUAUGUCAGUGUGGAAGUGAUUCGUUUGGGACAGAGCUACUUUAUAAACUGGGAUCUUCAGAUGUAUCACAGUGAGAAGGAUACACCGGCCAAAGCCAGAACGACAACCCUGAAUGAACAGCUGGGGCAGAUUCAGUAUAUCUUCUCCGACAAAACUGGCACCUUGACCCAGAAUAUCAUGACCUUCAAGAAAUGUACCAUUAGUGGCGAAACCUAUGGUGAUCAAAGACAAGAAGCUGGAAAUAAAUCAAUGUAUAGUGAGCAAGUAGACUUUGGCUGGAAUCCUCUGGCCGACCCAAAGUUUACAUUUGGUGACCAUUUUCUAAUUGAACAAAUCCGAUCAGGGAAGGAUCCCGAUGUCCGGCUGUUUUUCAAGCUUCUCGCCUUGUGCCAUACAGUGAUGGUGGAGAAGACGGACGGUGGUGAAUUAAUCUACCAGGCGGCAUCCCCAGAUGAAGGGGCAUUGGUGACAGCUGCCAGGAAUUUUGGCUUUGUGUUUCUGUCCAGAACCCAGAGUACCAUUACGAUUAGUGAAAUGGCGAAAGAAGUCACCUAUGAGGUUCUGGGUAUCCUGGAUUUUAAUAGUGACCGAAAACGCAUGUCUAUAAUAGUUCAGGAACCAAGUGGAAACAUCAGACUGUAUUGUAAAGGGGCAGAUACAGUUAUCUAUGAGCGUCUACACCCAGAUAACCCCAUUAAAGAUUCUACCCAGGAAGCGCUUGAUAUGUUUGCCAAUGAGACUCUUAGGACCCUUUGCCUUUGCUAUAAGGACAUCAGCCAGGAAGAGUUUCAGAAAUGGAAUAAAAGGUACCAGGAGGCCAGUGUAUCCAUGACCAACCGGGAUGAGGCUCUGGAUAAAGUGUAUGAAGAGAUAGAGACUAACCUAGUGCUACUGGGUGCCACCGCUAUUGAAGACAAGUUGCAGGAUGGCGUGCCACAUACAAUCUCUAAACUUGCCAAAGCAGACAUAAAGAUUUGGGUACUUACAGGAGAUAAAAAGGAAACGGCAGAAAAUAUUGGCUUUGCCUGUGAGCUUUUAACGGACGAGACAAAGAUUUGCUAUGGAGAGGACAUUAGUGCUUUACUACAGACCAGGAUGGAAAAUCUGAAGAAUCGGAGUACGGGCAUCUCAGGAACAUGUGCCAAUAACCCCGAACCCUUCUUCCAGACUGAUGAGAAACGCUCUCUGAUCCUGACCGGUUCUUGGCUGAAUGAAAUUCUCCUUGAAAAGAAGAAAAAGAGGAAGAAACGCCUGAAGCUGAAAUUCCCCAGAACCGCUGAGGAGAAACAGAAAGAUUUGCAAGAGAAGAGGAAGACGUACGCCUUAAAGGAACAGCGGCAGAAGAACUUUGUGGACCUGGCCUGUGAGUGCAGUUCUGUCAUCUGCUGUAGGGUGACUCCCAAGCAAAAAGCUAUGGUGGUGGACUUGGUGAAGAAGUACAAGAAGGCCAUCACCUUGGCUAUUGGGGACGGCGCAAAUGAUGUCAACAUGAUUAAAACUGCCCAUAUAGGAGUUGGUAUAAGUGGCCAGGAGGGAAUGCAGGCGGUGAUGUCCAGUGACUACUCCUUCGCUCAGUUCAGAUACCUCCAGAGACUUAUUCUGGUCCAUGGCCGCUGGUCCUACAUCCGCAUGUGCAAGUUCCUAAGCUUUUUCUUCUACAAGAAUUUUGCGUUUACAUUGGUUCAUUUCUGGUACUCCUUCUUCAAUGGAUUUUCAGCUCAAACCGUGUAUGAAGAUUGGUUUAUUGCACUCUACAAUGUCCUGUACACCAGCCUCCCUGUCCUGCUUGUCGGCCUCUUGGAUCAGGACGUCAGUGACAAGCUGAGCCUGCGCUUCCCACGUUUGUAUAUCCCCGGCCAAAAAGAUCGGUUGUUCAACUACAAGAAAUUCUUCCUGAGCUUGUUCCAUGGCAUUGUGACCUCGCUGAUCAUCUUUUUCAUCCCGUACGGAGCGUUCUUGUUAACCAUGGGGCAGGACGGUGAAGCGCCGUCUGAUUACCAGUCCUUUGCCGUCACGACGGCCACGGCUCUUAUCAUCACUGUCAAUUUUCAGAUCGGUCUGGACACCUCGUACUGGACCUUUGUGAACGCCUUCUCUGUAUUCGGAAGCAUUGCCAUCUACUUUGGAAUAAUGUUUGACUUGCACAGUGCCGGAAUCCAUGUCUUGUUCCCAUCCAAAUUUAUAUUCACAGGAGCAGCACCGAAUGCGCUCAGACAGCCCUAUCUCUGGCUGACCAUAGUCAUUACGGUGGCAAUAUGCUUGCUUCCUGUUGUUGCGUUGAGGUUCUUGUGCAAGAUAAUGUGGCCUUCAGAAAGUGAUAAAAUUCAAAAGAAUCGUAAGCAAUUCAAAGCCGAGGAAGCGUGGAGGCCGCGGGUCAGCACAAUCCGACGGGGCGCAUCUGGCAGACGCUCUGCAUACGCUUUCUCUCACCAGCGAGGAUACGCUGAUCUUAUUGCCACAGGACGCGGUAUCCCGAAAAAACGGGCUCCGCUUAACGGCAUAUUUGCCACCAGCGCAGAAGGAAAUAGCCACCUGGCGGGAACUAUAUGAUAAAUCCUUGACGUUGCUUUUUACUACAGACACUUGCACAAGGAAAUUUUGUAUAUAUUUUUAUAUAAUGUUCCUCUCACUCAGGACUUUUUUUUU